AGAGAGACCAGUGGCGCCGCAGUGCCGAGGCGCGGGCGGAGCGAGCGGUCGCGUCGUGAGCAGGCGGCAGUCAGCGCGCAGCCACAGCGGCCCGAGCCGCUAGCUGAACCACGGACGUGACAUGCAAAAAGUUUAGUGCCCAAAAUGAGACGGAACGUGAAAAUCUUGUUCCUCAUAGGAACUGUGUGGAUGUUCUUCCUCUUCUACUACAUGCACUCGGAUAGCGAGACCGUGUCUAAGGAAGAAAACGUGGCCCUCAGACUGAUAAAGCAGCACCCAGAGUCCGAAGAGACCGAAAGCAGUCCUCAAACCCAGGAGUAUGGGACCCUGGGCACGGCGGCCAGCGGCCGAGGCGUGGCGUACUUCGACGAGGCGGCCUACGUGGCUGGGGGGGCCAAGGACAUAGACCCCUAUGUGAGGAACCGCUUUAACCAGGCGGCGUCCGACGCCCUGCCUAGCAAUAGAGCCAUUCCUGACACAAGGAAUGCUAUGUGCCGGCUGAAGAAGUUCGACGCGGACCUCCCUCAGACGAGCGUCAUCAUCACCUUCCACAACGAGGCCAGGUCCACGCUGCUCAGGACUAUCGUCAGUGUGAUCAACAGAAGUCCGGAGCACCUAUUGAAGGAAAUAAUUUUAGUCGACGAUUUUAGUGAUAAUGCGGAAGACGGGGCAGCGCUCCGCUCCAUAAACAAAGUCCGAGUGAUCCGCAACUCCAAACGCGAGGGUCUGAUGCGGUCGCGGGUGCGCGGGGCGGGGGCGGCGCGCGCCCCCACGCUCACCUUCCUGGACUCGCACGUGGAGUGCAACGCGCACUGGCUGGAGCCCCUGCUGCAGAGGAUCAAGGAGGACCCGACGCGCGUGGUGUGUCCGAUCAUCGACGUGAUCAGCAUGGACACGUUCCAGUACAUCGGCGCCUCCGCUGAUCUGCGCGGAGGAUUCGACUGGAACCUCGUCUUCAAGUGGGAAUACCUGAGCCACCAGGAGCGCAGCGCGCGGCUGGCGGACCCCACGCAGGUGAUCAGGACGCCCAUGAUCGCGGGCGGGCUGUUCAGCAUGGACCGCCAGUACUUCGAGAAGCUGGGGCGGUACGACAUGAAGAUGGACGUGUGGGGAGGGGAGAACCUGGAGAUCUCGUUCAGGGUGUGGCAAUGCGGCGGUUCGCUCGAGAUCGUGCCGUGCUCACGAGUAGGCCACGUGUUCCGCAAGCGGCACCCCUACACGUUCCCGGGCGGGUCCGGCGCCGUGUUCGCUCGCAACACGCGGCGCGCCGCCGAGGUCUGGAUGGACGACUACAAGGAGCUGUAUUACCGCUCGCAGCCGCUGGCUAAAAGCGUGGAUUAUGGAGACCUCUCCGAGCGUCGCGCCCUGCGCGCCCGCCUCCACUGCAAGCCGUUCAAGUGGUACCUGCAGCACGUGUACCCCGAGCUGAAGGUGCCCGCACUGCCUGGAGCCUCGCGAGCACUGCGGCAGGGCCAGCACUGUCUCGACACCAUGGGGCAUGUCGUCGACGGGACCCUGGGAAUGUACCCGUGCCACAACAUGGGGGGCAACCAGGAGUGGCGGUACGAGGGAGGACAAAUCACCCACCACAGCCUCUGCAUCUCUCUCUCCGAGGACUUCUCCACCGCCAUCCUCGCCUCCUGUGACGUCAACGAUGACUUGCAACAUUGGGACAUCAAGGGCACUAUGGUGAAACACGCCAAAAUGGACGCCUGUCUAGAUACUGACAAGACGUUGCCGUAUCUAGCACCCUGUGAUCCGGACAAACCCAGUCAACAGUUCACUAUGUAAGAGAUACUGAUAUCACUACAAAAUGAUAUUUAUACUAAGGUAUAAGAAUUAGUAGUACAUUUAACUAGAGACUGUGAACUUUCCUGCUUGUGAUAGUGUAACGCGGUCUAAGUCUGUGCAAAUUGUAAAUAACUUAAUCUCCUGGCAUAGCUGGGUUAUUGGAUUAUAAUACUGUAUCAAUCUUCAAAGUUCAUUGCUAAAAUAUAAUUUAUCUUACAUACUAUAGGUACAUAUACUACAUAAAUACUAUGAUGCUUUUAACGAGUUACGGUAAACAAUAUUUCAUGUAGUCUCUAUACGUAUAUUGGAACUUACGAUGU